UGUUGUUUACAGCACACGCAGUUUUGGAAAGCUCAAGCUGGUUUAUUACAUAUGUAAUAAAUGGCCAAAUGUUAUACAUUGAGUAGAAUCUGAUGUAGUAAUUUAAAAUCUCAAAACAGUUCAUGCCACCAGCAAGAAAUCAUUUUUCAGUAGUCAAGUUUCAGACCCUCUCGACGAAGCAAAGCGUUGAGGGGCUGGCUUUUAACAGGCCAGGCAGUUGUACACUCUUGGAUAUCCUGGAGCCUCCUGCACUGCAAAAUAGCCUCAUAUCUCCAGGGCACAAAUACCUAUGAACUGGAGCGAUUAGGAUUGGGGGAGAUGGUAGAUCUUCACGUGUAUGAGCUGCCUGUUGAUUAUCAGGCUGUUCAAGACAUUUUACCGUCUCUGUGGAAAGAAUAUCAGCCCCAGCUAGCUGUCCAUGUGGGUGUUUCUGGGAUUGCAACCUCAGUCACUUUGGAGCAGUGUGGCCACAACAAGGACUAUACACGUCUGGACAACCGCAGUUUCUGCCCUGCUUCCCACUGCUGCAUGGAGAACGGACCAGACUACAUAAAAUCAGUCAUAGACAUGGACACGGUGUGCAAAAGGGUCAACAGGUCAAACAUCGGGAUAACUGUGUCUGUAUCUCAGGAUGCUGGAAGGUAUCUUUGUGAUUACACCUACUACACCUCACUGCAUCAAGGCCAGGGGUACUCUGCGUUUGUCCAUGUGCCUCCAUUAGGAGGACCCUACAGCAGUGAGGAGCUAGGCAGAGGCCUUCAGGCUGUUGUAAAGGAAAUGCUGAACUUACUUGAGGUUGAUUAAAAUGAAUGGGGAAAAAAGACAACAAAUAUUGCCAUCAUAAGCAAUGACACUAAACAGGAGCCUUACUAACACACUUACAUUUUAUAGAAAUUAAUGAAAAGAGUUGAUUUUGUUGUAUGAUUUUAAAAAAGUCAAAACAAGUGGAGACCAUCAUAGUGAUUUGUAUAUAUCACUAGUUUAAAGUGAUCCAAACAUAAAUUUUUCACUUUAAUUUCUUUAAGUCCAUAGCAAAAAUCUAUCAAUGACAGUAGUGUAAAGGUGCAAUAAUCUCAGGGAAACUGCAAUGGAAUCAACACUGUGAUUGACCUAAUAAAUGUGCUUAUUGUCACUUUGCAAAGCAUUACUGUGAAGAAAUAAAGUACUUGUUGGUAUAUAUUUUUCAUGGUUA